AAGUUUACUGGUUUCUAAGGCGACGACCCUGCAGCUUCUCCAGUCAAGCGGCUGGAGUCGGGAGGCUGGAAAGCGACCCUGAGAAGGUACCAGACCAAGGCGGCCGCCGCCACAGCGACUCGCGGGGAGUAGCAGACGAAGACGGCGGCCGUCGCACUAGCCACCACGUGUGGAGGAUAAGCAGCCGACACGGCCAUUCCCGCACCGAGUCAAGGGAAAGAGUUAGAGACAAUCGGGGGAGAAAACAUGAAGAGGGCGACCGCCGCUCCAGGGUCGCUACGGAAAGCCUAAGUGGAGACGCCGGCUUCUCCCACAGUGACUUGAGAAGCGUCUGUGAAGACCUCGGCCACCGCCGCAGCGUCUCUCGGGAGGGAGUUAGGGGAGAUAGCGGCCACAGUCACAGCAGCUCUUUGGAGAGGGUUGGGGUAGACCGCGGCUUCUGCAGCAGCGACGUGAAUUUUAGUGAAUUUGGAGGCCACCAAACUAGCGACUCCAGGGCAACAGCCAGAGAAGACCGUGGCCUCCGCCUCAGUAGUACUUGGGAGGGAGUCAGUGACGUCCGGGACCCGCGAACUAGCGACUUUGGGGAGACAGUCAGUGACAAUAGCAGUCGCCGCCUCGGUGGCUCUUGGGAGGGAGGGAGUGUCGAUGACGGCCACAGCCUUAGUUCUUGGGAGGGAGUAAGUGAAGACCUCGGCUACAUAGCCAGCGACUCCUCCGGUGUGAGCGGCAGGGAAGACGCCAGCCGCCGCCUCGGUGGUUUUUGGGAGAGAGAAGGUGAAGACGAAGGUUUCCGCUGCAGCUCCUGGGAGAGAGCGGGAGAGGGCUGUGGGGCCAGUACUAGCGACGACGGAGAAGAGAGCCGCUGCCGCUGCUGUGGCUCGUGGGUGAGAGCAAGUGAAGACUGCCGCAGCAGCAGGGGACUGGACACAACUCCUCCCGAGAGUCGGAGGUGUUGCACCAUGCCCGGGGUGGCCAAUUCAGGCCCCUCCACUUCCUCUAGGGAGACUGCAGACCCCUGUUCCAGGAAGAAGGUACAUUUUGGCAGAAUACAUGAUGCAGUAAGAGCUGGAGAUAUAAAGCAGCUUUCAGAAAUAGUGGAACGUGGAGCCAGCAUUAAUGAAGUUGAUGUUCUCCAUAAGUUUACCCCUUUACAUUGGGCAGCACAUUCUGGAAGUUUGGAGUGUCUUCAUUGGCUGCUCUGGCAUGGAGCUGAUAUCACACAAGUAACAACAAGAGGCUGGACAGCAUCUCACAUAGCUGCAAUCAGGGGUCAGGAUGCUUGUAUACAGGCUCUUCUAAUAAAUGGAGCAAAUCUGACAGCCCAGGAUGACCGGGGAUGCACUCCUUUACAUCUUGCUGCAAGUCAUGGACAUUCUUUCACACUACAAAUAAUGCUCCGAAGUGGAGUGGACCCCAGUGUGACCGAUAAGAGAGAAUGGAGACCUGUACAUUAUGCAGCUUUUCAUGGGCGGCUUGGCUGCUUGCAACUUCUUGUUAAAUGGGGUUGUAGCACAGAAGAUGUGGACCACAAUGGAAACCUUCCAGUUCACUUAGCAGCCAUGGAAGGCCACCUUCACUGUUUCAAAUUCCUAUUCAGUAGGAUGAGCGGUGCGACACAAGUUUUAAAAGCCUUCAAUGAUAAUGGAGAAAAUGUACUGGAUUUGGCCCAGAGGUUCUUCAAGCAGAACAUCAUACAGUUUAUCCAGGGGGCUGAGUAUGAAGGAAACGCUUUGGAAGAUCAAGAAACUUUAGCAUUUCCAGGUCAUGUGGCUGCCUUUAAGGGUGAUUUGGGAAUGCUUAAGAAAUUAGUAGAAGAUGGAGUAAUCAAUAUUAAUGAACGUGCUGAUAAUGGAUCAACUCCUAUGCAUAAAGCUGCUGGACAAGGCCACAUCGAGUGUUUGCAGUGGUUGAUUAAAAUGGGAGCAGACAGUAAUAUUACCAACAAAGCAGGGGAGAGACCCAGUGAUGUGGCAAAGAGGUUUGCCCAUUUGGCAGCAGUGAAGCUAUUAGAGGGGCUACAGAAAUAUGAUAUCGAUGAAGAGAAUGAAAUUGAUGAAAAUGAUGUGAAGUUUUUUAUAAGACAUGGUGUUGAGGGAAGCACUGAUGCCAAGGAUGAUUUAUGUCUGAGUGACUCGGAUAAAACAGAUGCCAGAAUGAGAGCUUACAAGAAAGUUGUAGAAUUGAGACACCUCCUGGAAAUUGCCGAGAGCAACUAUAAACACUUGGGAGGGAUAACAGAAGAAGAUUUAAAGCAGAAGAAAGAACAGCUUGAGGCUGAAAAGACCAUCAAAGAACUGCAGGACCAGCUGGAGUAUGAACGACUACGUAGAGAAAAAUUAGAAUGUCAGCUUGAUGAAUAUCGAGCAGAGGUCGACCAGCUCAGGGAAACACUGGAAAAAAAUCAAGUCCCCAACAUUGUGGCCACGGAAGACAGCACUUCUUGUGAGUCAAACAGACAGAAGAGGCGAGUAAAAAAAAAGGUUUCUUCUGGGGGAGUAUUUGUGAGAAGGUACUAAUCAGUGAAAUAACCAAAUAAACCUGCUUGAUUUUUCUCUUUCUUUUAAAAAAUUGAUAUAAGUGUAAGUCUAUAAAACUAUCUCAGAAUUACUCUGAUAUGCUUCUGUUCCAACUCUGAAAGCAGAAAUAUGUUAUACUAAAGAGACACAGAGAUUUUUUAAACGGCACAGACUCAGUCGUACACCUUCCCCCAAUAUGCUUCUUAUAUAUUGCUACACAGGCAAGUCCAGAGAUUUAGGAAUAAUUAAUUUUACAAGUAUUCACGUAAACUUUAAAAUAUUAGAUGGUAUAGUAAUCAAAAGAAAUGUAGUUCUAGAUAUUAAAAAUUAUUAAUAAUUCAACUGUGGCUCCAUAAUAGAAUCAUAUUUCUUUCACUUUCUAGAGAGUAUCCUUUACUUCAACUAGUGUGAAUAUGUUUAAAAAAAUUUUUUUUCAAAUGAUGUAACUGCAAGCUUUUUAAGACUAUAGAGAAGCAGCAGACUGGACAGGUUAAGAAACACUAGGUUUAUUUCUUCCUCUUUUCCCCUAGAUCUUUUUUUUUUUUUUCCUUCGUUUUUUCCCCUAGAUCUUAAAGAUUAGUAGUGCUUGGUCAACCAAAAAGCAACUGUGGCUUUUCGGUUCAGUUCUGACUCCAAUGACCUUUUUUCCUACCCCGCUCUAUUUUCUCCUCUCUUCCCUCCAUAGGCUAGCUAAGAUUUAUGACUUGCUUGGGGCCAGCUGUGUAGCUCCUGUCUCCCCCUGAAGAUCUGUUGCUGGUUUUGGGCUUCCCUGGCAGCUGCCUUCCCACCAUUCCACAGACUGCCUACCCUCUGGACCCCUGCAUGCACUUCAUGUGGACACUAAAGUUAUUUUGGCCGAGUAUCAUCAGAACUAGUUUGCCCUGACAAGAGUGCAUUUGAUUGCUGAAACCAGUUCGGCAGAUUAAGGGUCUGUAAGUAAGUGUUAAAAAAUGAACUUUUGCUGCCAAGGUUAAUCCCAGCUCUGCAUUGUUGUGUAAUCCUAGGCACAACUACUUAAUCUCUUUUUAUAAAAUAUACCUACCUCAUAUGGCUGUCACUGGGAGAAUUAAGUAAAGGACUUGGAACAGAUCUUACACAAAGUACCCAAUAAAUGUUGACAACUAUUAGUGUAGAUUGAAAGCCACAGAAACCACAGAAGAACUAAAAAUAUAUAAGGAUUAUUAAAAGGAUAGGUGAGCCAUUUUUUAACACUUGCUUACAGCUGAACUGGUUUCAGCAAUCAAAUGCAGUCUUGUCAGGGUAAACUAGUUCUGAUACUAGGUCAAAUUGGCUUUAGUGUCCAUGUGAGGUAGAUGCAAGGGUCCAGAGGGUGGGAAGUUUGGUAUAUGGUGAGAAGGCUGCUGCCAGGGAAGCCCCCAAACCAGCGAGAGAUCUUCAGAGGGAGAUAGGAGCUUCACAGCUGGCCCCAAGAGAGUCACAAAUCUUUGCUAGCCUAUGGAGGGAAGAGAGGAGAAAAUAGAAGGGGUGGGGAAAAAAGAGGGAAUUGAAGUCAGAACUGAACUGAAAGCCACAGUUGUUUUUUGGUCAGCAAAGCACAUUUAUUGGGAACUCUAAGAUUUGUGCCAAGCAAGCCCUUAACUAUCUCUGAAUUGUCACGACAGCCAUAAGAGAUACGUAUAUUUUAUAGAUAAAGUAGUUGUGCCUACGAUUAUACAAUGCUGAGCUGGGAUCUUAACCUUGGCAGCAAAAGUCUGCAUUCUCUUAACCAUUAAUGGAAUUUCCAGACCAUUUCCCUCCCCUUCUGGGACUACACAUAGCCUUACUUUUCCCUUCUAACUUGCUGCUAAAGUAAUCCCAAACCUGGAAAUAGUUUGUUAUAUUUGCUCCAGUUUUCUUUUAAUCUCUUUUUGUACCAGUGAGACAGAAAAUACCAGAAUAGUGUUGUAAUAAAAGCAUACACACCCUGUGGCAGAGGUUCCCUGGUUGUCCUCCAAAAUCCAUUCUCCCCUCUUCCAUAGUGGGAAGGAUUUUUCUGGGUUUGUGGUUGUUCAGGAUAAGGACUAAUUUCCCAGCUUGGCUUUGCAGCUAAGAGACCAAGUUGUGUCCAGAAGGAUGUGAGCUAAAAAUGUUACAUAAAACCUUAGGGCCAUGGCUCGAAAGUCACCUCUUGCUCCUUUCUUCUUCUGGAAUGUGGAUAUGGUGGUGAGUCAGCCACUGGACCUUGUGAAUGGGGAGAACACAAGGAUGGCAGAGCAGUAAAAUAAGGAGCAAGGGACCCAACACCAUGGAGCUGACAUAUUGGCUCUAGAAUGUGUACAUUGGACUGUAAGAGAGAAAUAAACCUAAUCUUAUUUAAGCCACUACUAUUCUGGGUUUUGUUACAGCAGCUGAAUUAAAAGUAUAAUUCCAAAAUUAUGUAUAUUUAUUCAUAAAUAAUAUACAUAUAUUAUUGACACAUUAGGUUAAUGAAACAAACAAACAAAAAAAAACAAGUGAAAAGGAUAUUGAAGAGAUUUAAGUUAUUUUGUUCCUAUGACUCAGCAGAUUGUCCAUCUCAUGAGAAAUAGUACUCAGGUUGGACACUAGUAGUAUAUUGAGUGAAAGCAUGAGAGAAUGAGAUUUGGAGUUGAAGACUUGAGUCCCUGUGACUUGUUUGCUGGGGGACUGGGGACAAGUUACUUCACUUGGCUAAACUUGUUUCUUCAACUGUAAAAUGAGGAUACCAUCUACCUAAGAAUAGAGCUGUGAAAAUAGCUGAGCAUAUAUAUAUAUAUAUAUGUUAUUUAGCAUAUUUGCUGUUAUUUAGCAUAUUUGCUGUCAUAUAGUCAAGGGUAGUUAUUCUUUUUCAAAAUAACAAUCAGUAAUUUCAGCGAUCAUAACCAUAGCCUUUCCCACUGCCCCUUUUUUUAAAUAUUAAAAAAUACUUAAAAAAUAAAGUGUUACAUAUCUAAAUUCUUAAAAUUUGACAACAUUAUAAGUUUUGAAUUGUUUUUCCAAUAUGGUAAGGGUUUUUCCUGACUCUUGCCAAGUCCUUACAUACUCUUGCCUAGCCUAUUUUGUCACCAAAGCAGUAUGAAUAGGUUAGGAUCUAUACUGUGGCUAUACACAUGGUGAAAGUAGCUAAUCCUUUUGGAGGCUUCUUACCAUAGAAAAUGCCCAAAAGGUAUAUUAUGCUCAGAAACUCAGUACGAAUGAAAUAUUUUCAGCAUAUUAAAAAAUUUGGAUUAAGGCCAACUGAGAUUUAUGAGUCUCAUUGAUUCCACAGGCAUGUAACAAGUACCUCCUAUGUGUCUAGAGGCCUUCUGAGAACUUGUAGUUUAGUGUAGGAAAAAGAUAUAUAUAUAAUUGCUGUUUCAUAGUGAGGUGCAAGUGCUAGAAUAGAGGUAUAGUUUUGAGGCAUAUAGAAACACCAUCCUCUCAUCCAUCUUUAUUUCAUAUAUUGCCAUCACUAAAC